CUAGUAGAAACAACAUGAUUAUGAGAACUCUUUUAGUGAUUUUAUUUGCAAACGUAGCGUUUUUCGCCGAGUCCUCCGAUGUGAUCGAACUCAGCGAUGACGAUUUCAAAUCCAGGACACAAGAAGAGGACCUCAUGCUUGUAGAAUUCUUUGCACCAUGGUAAAAAUUUACAAAACGUUUCAGCUUACUGUCAUGUAGCGGAAACAACUUUCUAUUAGCUUUUUCAUCUGGUCUUUCCGGGUAAACGUAAAUUGUCUUUAUUCCUACUUCGUUGUACAUUACAGGUGUGGACACUGCAAGAGACUAGCUCCUGAGUACGAAGACGCUGCCACUAAAUUGAAGGCAAAUGAUCCACCAGUACCACUCGCCAAGGUAUUAAGGUCUUCAGCUGUAGUUUCAGAUCUUAAAUUUUUAUUUCAUCCAUCGCCUGGCUUCACAUGUGGUUCUCUGUACGUAAAAUACUAAUUGCUCUAAUUUUUCAAUCAUACUUAAGAUGAUUAAGGCUGAAGUUUGUUUAGAAUUUUUUUAAAAUACCCUUGGACAGCUGAAUAAACUUAAAAGUGAUUUCAAAUUUGUGUUGGGUAAAGAGGGACAGGCCAUUAUUUAUUUGUGUCAGGUGAUGAUAGGGGGUAAGAAGUUAAGACUCUCCACUCAAAUCUUUGGUGUUCUUCUACAAAUUUUAGCCCAAAACGUGGCUCACCCUUAAGAUGUGUAUAGAGGAACUAGCCCUAAAAAACAGAUCCAAAGCUAACCUAUCCCAGACUAACUUUUAGCGGUAAGUGGUGCUAUGGCAAUUCCCCUAUUAACGUAGCCUAUUUCAGGGGUUCAGAUAGUGGAGCACAAGUUAAGCAAAGAAUAGAGAAAGUGUAAAUAAAAAUGGGGGAUUGUGAAGAGCAAUGAGGGAUAGUCUCUCCAGUCAACUAUCUACACUAAUCUAGACCAUAAUCCUUUGAGUUCCAUAGUGAGUUUUCACUCACAUGACCAGCAUCUAUGCAAAUUUAUGGGAACAAAAGAAUGUGUUCACAGAAGAAAAGAGUUCAACUCCCACAGGAUUGGUUUGGGACACCAACAUGACUUUCGAUUUAUGGUUUGAACACCUAUAUGGUCGCAGUGACAUCAUAUGAAAAUGCUCUAUACCCUGUCCCAGGCGAAAUUGCUUUAAAAUCAUACCCUUUAUUUACAAGACAGUAGUCCUAUAUAGACCCAUGUAUGAAUUAUGUCAUAGGUCAAAAUGAGAUUUGUCAGGGUAUUAACCCAGGUUGUUCCCCAAUUUCUUUCGUUUCCUUUUCAUUAAUAUUAGGGCCAGGAGACAAAGGGAACUGAGGUUUAAUUAUUUCCAAUCAGGGACACCUACCUUCAGUCACACAGCUCUGUUUGGGGGGGGGGGGGGGUUGUUGGAAUCCCUGAGGUAUUUUUGAUGGUUGUGAUUUUUGCCUCCAUUCCAUUCCCCACGUCACUUGGAAUCUAGAGUACCCCCAACUUUUGUUAGACUCUUCAGAAUUACAAAUUUUUAUCAUAGGUGAUCCUAGUCAGUAUCUGUCUAAAGGUAAACUAAGGUGACACUACAAGGGAUCACAUGUGUUUGUACCAUGUACCUAUAUGUGAAAUCCAAGGUGACUUUCAGACCCAGAUUUUCUGCAUGCUGAAUUUCUGUGACAAAAAUAAAGACAUUUAGACGUCUGUCGUUUUGCACAUUUAAGUUAUUCAGAAGGUAUUCAAUUAAGGUGUGAUGAAGAAUUCUUGUAGCCAAUGUGUUGACUAAUGUUAUUGUAAAAGUUUAAUAGUUUCAGUGUUGAAAAUUUAGGUGUGUUUUCGCUUGUGUCAUUUCAUGCUCUGUAAGGCAAAGUGACUUAGCAAUUGAAGAGAACCUUACAUUCAGUUUGUGUGAGACCAUUUUAUUGCUGAGCAGUGGUGGCUAGGAGACUUGAUAGUUCAGAUGUGUUAGCUACUAAAAAAAUCCUUUGUUUUGUGUUACACUGUAAAGAAACAAUAUAUAUCACCCUUUCAGGUUGACUGUACAGAGGGUGGAAAAGAGACCUGCGGCAAACAUGGCGUUAGUGGGUACCCAACACUAAAAAUUUUCCGUAAUGGAGAGGUGUCCAAGGAUUAUGAUGGUCCAAGGGAAGCAAGUAAGUUAACCCAUUCGCCCCUGAAUGGCCCAUCCCCGGCCCACCAGUGCUGAUCCAUGUCCAUUGUACUGCUUGUGACAUCAUCAGUAAUGAUCAAGGACCAUUUUGUCAUCUAACUUGUGCAGGGGAAAAAGAACUUUUUAAAACCAGGUCAGAAUGAACAUGAUUCAGUCAAGACCAGAGGAAAAAAGCAAAAAACUAUGUAAAUUUAACCCCAAAAAUUGGCAAUCAAAAUCUUGUUCCUCUACCCACUUGCAGUCCCCAGUGUCUCUACUUAGGGGAGUUUCAUCUGUGGUAUGGCACACAGUAUCAAGUCAUCUUUUGAAUGUGUUGAGGAUGGAAUCUCAAAGCAGUUGACUUAUUAAUUUAU